UCAGACCCGUGUAUGAACGAUAUUAAGGGCCAAAGUUGCUUCUGUUUUCCAGAAAUUUUUGAAACCCAAUUUCAGGGCACGAUUCCACAACCUCUUUCUUUUCUUCUAGAUCUACGUAAAUUCAUCAGCUAGAGAUUGAAAAAUGGCGGACGGUGAAGAUAUUCAGCCGCUCGUUUGCGAUAACGGGACUGGAAUGGUCAAGGCUGGUUUUGCAGGUGAUGAUGCUCCUAGAGCUGUAUUCCCAAGUAUCGUUGGCCGUCCACGUCACACGGGAGUGAUGGUUGGAAUGGGACAAAAGGAUGCAUACGUCGGAGACGAGGCACAGUCGAAACGUGGUAUCUUGACUCUCAAGUAUCCAAUUGAGCAUGGUAUUGUCAACAACUGGGAUGAUAUGGAGAAGAUUUGGCAUCACACUUUCUACAAUGAGCUGCGUGUUGCCCCGGAAGAGCAUCCGGUUUUGCUAACCGAAGCGCCGCUUAAUCCGAAGGCUAACCGUGAGAAGAUGACACAGAUCAUGUUUGAAACAUUCAACACUCCUGCUAUGUAUGUUGCCAUUCAAGCUGUUCUCUCCCUCUAUGCUAGUGGCCGUACUACUGGUAUUGUUUUGGACUCUGGAGAUGGUGUGAGCCACACGGUACCAAUCUACGAGGGUUAUGCACUUCCACACGCAAUCCUGCGUCUUGAUCUUGCAGGUCGUGACCUAACCGACCACCUCAUGAAAAUCCUGACAGAGCGUGGUUACUCAUUCACCACAACUGCUGAGCGUGAGAUUGUCAGAGACAUGAAGGAGAAGCUCUCGUACAUUGCCUUGGACUAUGAGCAAGAGCUUGAGACUUCCAAAACCAGCUCAUCUGUGGAGAAGAGCUUCGAGCUGCCAGACGGUCAAGUGAUAACCAUCGGGGCAGAGCGUUUCCGGUGUCCUGAAGUUCUGUUCCAGCCAUCCAUGAUCGGAAUGGAAAAUCCGGGAAUUCAUGAAACUACUUACAACUCAAUCAUGAAAUGUGAUGUGGAUAUCAGGAAGGAUCUUUAUGGAAACAUUGUGCUUAGUGGUGGCACCACAAUGUUUGGCGGGAUUGGUGAUAGGAUGAGUAAAGAAAUCACCGCGUUGGCGCCGAGCAGUAUGAAGAUCAAAGUGGUUGCUCCACCGGAAAGGAAGUACAGUGUUUGGAUCGGUGGCUCUAUCUUGGCUUCUCUCAGUACUUUCCAGCAGAUGUGGAUUGCGAAAGCCGAGUAUGAUGAAUCUGGACCGUCGAUCGUCCACAGGAAGUGCUUCUGAUCAAAAGUCACCAAGUAAAACAAGAGCGACAUGUGACGACCUGAGUCUGCGCGGCUGUGAAUCUCUUUGCUGCAGUAAAUGUUUACAAGUGGUGUGUAAAUUGGUACUGAUUCAAAAGCUUUAAGAGAUCUACACAUUCUGUGGUAUUAUGUCGCAGACUUGAUAUUAAAAAGACAUAAAUCUUAAGGCCUGGUUCACAUGUUUUCCCGUUUCUUGUAGCUCAUAACUCAUCAGCAGUAGAUUUGACCAAACGCUCGCAAACGGUUUGGAAUUAUCAGCUUUGUUUCUCUUUUCGAAACACUUAUUUCCAGCUCGAUCAAAUUGGGCAUGGCCUCUUCUUCUAUCUGCAACUCAUCUAAACUUCUCAUUAACAAGUCAAGCUUCCUCAGCCUACCAAAACCUUGUUCGCUGACGCUCAUCUUCCCCGAGUAAUUACAACUUAACAAGAUCAGAUCUUCCAGUCUCGGCAUUUUCUGCAAAAAAGGCAUUGGGUCUUCCUCGAAAGUUAUUCCAACCAGUGUCACGGAUUCAAGACUGCGUGAUAUCACAUCCAUGGACCUAACUGCUUCUUCUGAUUCCAACGAUAAAUGGACUUCAGUGGGCGUCGCCAGCUUCAGAACACGAAGACUUUCCAGUUUAGUCAAGGAAGCCCAGCUCACAUGAACUCUUCUCUCCUUUGACCUAGACAUUUCAGAAAUCCCCAAAUCUCGAAGAUUUAUGAGCAACUCAGGUUUUAGUUUGUUCCAGCUGUCAAAGGAGAUAGACGUCAAGGUCUGAAGGUUCGCUACGUCGCCUAUAAGCAAUCCUCCAAAAAAAUUUCCUAUGACAUGUCUUAAUGAUGUGAGCUUACGGAGAUCGAUUGUUUCCUCGAUGAAAUAAUUGUCAGAUACAAAUAGUGUUUGUAGAAACCGUAACUUGGAUAUAAUAGCUGCUAUAUCAAAAUCGUUGAUAGAAUUAC